GGGAGCCUUCCCUCAGCUAGCCAAUCGUGUGCCGCUCUUGUACUGUUUCCUGAACUGAGUUAUUUAAGACUGAUAGCUAGGGAAAGCCCUGUAGUAUCUGGCCAACAAUACUGUAAGGCAAACAAGAAGCACACUACAAAAAUGGACAACGUAUUCCACAUGCGGUCGGCAGGCGCCGCUGCCGAAGGAGUCCGGGACCAGUAUGCUGACGGCAGAGCAGCACGCGUCUGGGAGGCAUUCAUUGGAGACAAGAACUCCCGCACGCAGAAUUACCGCAACUUCCUGGUCGGGCUCUUGAGGAAGAAUGGCUGCCAAAGAAUUCUGGAUGUUGCCUGUGGCACCGGGAUUGAUUCAAUAAUGCUGCUAGAAGAAGGAUUUGAGGUCACUUCAGUAGACGCAUCGGACAAGAUGCUCAAGUACGCACUUCGGGCUCGCUGGAAUCGCAGAAAGGAGCCAGCUUUCGACAAGUGGGUAAUCGAGGAAGCCAAUUGGCUGACCCUCGCCGAUGAUAUAGCUGACCUUGUCGGAGAUGGCUUCGAUGCAGUGAUCUGCCUCGGAAAUUCAUUUGCGCAUCUGCCUGAUGUCACAGGAGACCAGAGAGACCAAAAGAAGGCUCUGGAAAAUUUCAAGAAAUGUGUAAAACGUGGAGGAUUGCUUCUCAUUGAUCAUCGGAACUAUGACGACAUUCUGGAGACUGGGAAAACUCCGAAGCACUGUCUGUACUACAAUAGUAAGAGGACAACAGAAAUUGUAACUUCCGUGCUGUACGUGGAAGCGAAGCCGACUGUAGUUACUCUGGACUACCUGCUCGACAUGUCUGACGAAAAAGAGAAGAAUGUGCAAAACGGAGUAACUCCUGAUGACACAAUUGCUAGGUUCCGUCUCUCGUACUACCCGCACAGAUUGGAGGUAUUUAAGAGGAUGCUGCAGGAUAUCUUUGGAACGAAGUCUGAACACACGCUAUAUGGUGACUUUAAACAGCUUCACGAGAUUGACAACCCUGCGUUUUAUAUUCACGUCAUACAGAAAGCCUUCAUCUGAGCUACUAACUGAGUUGUUAUAUUAUGUGACACUUUCUAAAUGACUACAAAUGACUGUGAAAUUAAAUUUAAAAAAAAAUAUAUGUGGGCAACAAAAAAAUCUGGAAUGAACUAGCAGCAGUAUGAAAAGGAUAGAUUGCUGCUCGCCACAUAGAAGAGGCAUUGAAGCAUAUUUAAAUGACACUACUAGGUAUUAUCUGCUAUCAGACUAAGGCCAUUGUCAGACUCACAUAAAAUGGAACAUGCACACGCGUGCAUGCGCGCACGCACACACACACACACACACACACACACACACACACACACACACACACACACGGCCACAUUCAUCUCCGUGCACUAAGGCCAGACUGCAGCUCCAUCUGAGAUGAAUGGCAAUCUGCCAGAAUGGGUAGUGGAGAUUGGACUAGUGAGGGUUAAGGCGAGGGGGGUUCCGGGCAAUGAAGUACACAUUGUAGGUAGGGUUCCUACCUGGGCACUUCAAAAAAGCUGGUGUCGUAGGGCAGAAUGUGUCUGGCUUGGGUAGUCUAAGUCUAGUGAACCGUGUCGGGCAGCACGCUCGGCCACAGUUAGGUGAUGGCCUUCACGUAGACAGACAGAGCAUCAAUUGUUGUGCUAGUGUAGCUUUCACAAGUGGGGAGGGAGAUGUUUGCGAGAUGACUGGAGAUGAUGAUAGUGGGAGGAUGUAUGUGUAAACUGUUUGUGAUUCGUUUUGUCUGUAUCCGAUGAAGAGCUUAGCCUGAGAGCUGACAAUAUCUGGCAACCUUUUCUCAGUGUGUCUGUGUGCCACUCUGUGCAGUGCACAGCAAUCUCUCCUUUUCGUAUUAUUGAGCUGCAAAAAAUUGAGAUAAAGGAGGAAAAUAGGGAAACAAUGGAAAAUAGAAGAUGUAAGUUGGUGUUAAUAUUUAGCUGAUAGGAAGAGGCAGAACGUGACCUGUGUGAAUGUGGUGAGAGAUAAAGCCAUUCAGAGAUAGUGUGAGGAAAAAUUGUAAGAGAUCUAAAUGAAACAAGUGGAAUACAAGGAUUUAGAUGUGUAGUCAAUCAAAGAGAAGUGUAACUACAGUAAAUAUGGACAGGUUAUAAUAGGUGACAGAAAGGAAGCGAAAAUGUGAGAAAUAAUGUAGUACAGAUAAAAUCUGGUCUAGAUUAUAAAAAUAGAGAUUGAAAGACAAUGAUGCAUUGAUGAAUGGACUGAGUAUGGCAGACACGGUAGUUGAGAUCUGGGAGCUGCGGAAGCACGUUGUGCUGAAAUGGUGGCAGUCUGUAGUAAGGGAAGUGAAAUUGGCAGCUGUAUCUCAUACGUUCCGUGACUGAUGACACAUUAAACGACUGCAAAGCAAUUUUUUUCUGGCUCUCUUCUGUGUAUUUGCACAUUGUGUUGAGGCUACAAAGACAUUGUUUUGUAACUUUUCUUCCCGAGAAAUGUAUGGCCAGUAGAAAUGUUGUGUUGUAAAGAAACUAUUUAACUUGCUAUGUUCCUGGGGUGGUGUCCAAUGGUUGUAAGAACUGUAACAUAACAUUACAUAAAUUAUAAUAUUAGACAUCAGUGUGCCUCUAAUCAGAAAUGUGGUUUUUUACUGUUUAAAGCUUUCCACAGAUAACAAGUAUUGUAAAGGUUCUCAGAUUUCUCCUUAAAGAGUUUGAGAUGAAAAAUGUUUUUCACUACUAAACAUACAUAUCUGCCCAGCUAGGUUUCAUCAAGGAGAAAGUCGCCUGAGAUAGCCCUGAAACCUCCCAUAUUACUAAGGAUGUACACCCAAAGGCCAAUGUCGUAUGCAUUUCAGGCAACUGAGAAAAAUAUGCAGUUGAUUACCAUUGUGCUCGGAAUGGGCUAAAACAACACCAGGGCACUCAUUACACCAUCAAAGAAGCCAUCACCAUUCACAUAAUUGGUAAUAAAUAGGCACACCAAAUACCACCUCAGCAACACAGCACCUGCAGUUGCCAAAAUUAUGUCACCCACUGAGAACACUGCAGUGAAGACUGACUACUUUGUAGUUUCUGACUGAAGAAUGUAACUGAAGGUCUGUUUUCACUAUGUUUCGACACAGCGCACCAUUACCUCACCUGGUUCUAGCAACCACUCAUUUUACAACAGUUUGUGUCAUUCUGACCUUACUGACAAAUAAAUACCACUUCCAUGUGAAGAUGAUGAGUGGGUGAUGCCUAAGAGCUGCUAAUCUAAUGUGGUUCUUAUGUCUGUGAUCCAUAAUGAAAUCUGGUCCCAAAGAAAGCACUCUCCUGUAUUAUGUCCCGAGUCCAACGCUGUGUACAAAAAAAGAGGAAAUAAUUUUUGCAUGUGUACACUAUAUCGGACAGCAGUGACGAUGUUUAUAUGACAGCAGUCUGGUUUAAAAUCAACAUGAUCUCUACUCGUUUUUCCUCAGGAAGUGCUUUUCCAAUAGUGUGCGUGGGGAAUUGGUACUUUUCAUAACUUAUUAAAACAGUUGUGUUGUGUAUUUCAGUAACCUUUUUCCCAGAUUUAAGAUCUGUCGUAGCUCACUAUCUUACAUAAUAUGCACUGUGUCAAUUAUCCUGUGAUAUUACAUAGCUUCACACAAAAUCACAUCUCACCAGUAAUUUCUUCCUUUUUUAAUACAAAGAAGAAAUUUUUAUUUCUUUAAGAUCAAAAAGUAAUUACUGUAUUAACUGGUAUAUGACGAUUCAACCAUAGUAUUGAUGUCUUGACAGUAAAGCCUGUAUGUAUUCUACUUCAUAAUAUAAAGCUUAUUUAAGUAUGCACUAGCAGUGAAAUGUAUUCUACUUAAUAACAUAAAGCUUAUUGUAAGUAUGCAAUAGCAGUGUAUAUGUGUAUGAGAUAAAAUGUCCUAUAGAUUAACAUUUUGUAAAGUAGAUAUUGCUUGUUGUUCCUCAGUGAGGCUGCAGAGAGUAGUGCAACUGCGAUGUGUACUAAAAAUGAACAAUAAAGUGAUUAUUUUCUUAUAAAAUUUAACAUAA